UUGACCGCUAUUCUUAUUAUUAUAUUAGACAAAUGAGAUAGAACCUUUGCAAAAAGAAGAAGAAGAUGUAACGUAUAUCGGGCGGAAAUCUCUAAGGUAUAUAUACGACUGACCCAUAAUAUGCACAUGUACAUGCACGUAUAAAAUAGAGAGAGAGAGAGAGAGAGCACUCCUCCCUUGAUUAUUAUCUAUUAAUUACCUGACUUUUUUUGUCUGAACCUUUUUCUGUGCUUCUUCUAUUAGUGUGAAGAUAUCAUGAUUGAUAGGUUGGGAAAUUUAUAUAUAUUUAUAUAUAUACAAAUGUGGGCUAACAGUAACAAUGGUAAAUCUAACGGCAAUUGCGGUGAUAUAAUCGCGAUGGUGAUGAUGUAAAAACAAAACGAUCUAUAACAUACGGAUGGUGGCGAAAAAUAUGUGAAAACCCAAUUGACAUUCCCGCGUUUUUCUGUUUUUUUUUUUUUAGAAGACACAGUAGCGCAAGUUGGCUUCAGUCCUUUUUUUUUUUUUUUUGUAUUUGCUGUUCUUAAGUCUUUCCAAGUGAAUUUUUCUCAAUACGGAUACGGAAAGUUCGCAAGCUUCCGAUAGCCCUAAGCUGCGUUCCACCUGAACCUGGAUAUCGAAUACACAUUCACAUGAUAUAGGGAAUGAAUAUCACCGGUGACUUAGUAACGGUGUUAUACCUUUGUCUUCCUUCGCGUAGGGAGGUUUUCGGUGGGGCGGUACUUCAACGCACCGAACCUCAAAGCGAGUACAGCAUAAACCAAAGACACAUCUAAAGAAAGAGAGUAUGUUUACAUAACAUCCUCUUAAAUCGAAUCCGCGAUAACAAUUAACUUCUUGGCUUCCGCUCAUCACAAACAGACACAGCCGUACACAUACGAGCUUCACAGAUCCACAAGUCAAACUUUCCCUUUGGCAAAGCGCGCAGCGUCAACCAGACUCGAGCACUUUGUAUCAUCGUAAGGCUCAAUGUUAACUGGCGCCGCUGGAUCCUACUUACAAUGUAUUAUAAAUUUUUACCUAGUUUUGCAUCCGAUUAGACUUUCGUUGCGAUAACGCUACAAACAUCAGCUCCGCCUGCUCGCUUUAAUACAAAUCCCAGCCUUCUCUUUAGGAAGGCCUGACAAGAACGGACAGCAGUUUCCAAGCACGUCAAUAAUAUCCAAUACGAUAAUGAUUAUAACUUCAACAUGAUCAAGCGAGCGAUGCUACAGCGCACCUGACUCAAUGUCGUAAAACACAAAACAAAGAAACUCUAAUAAUAAUAAUGCAGAGCGAGAGCGAGAGAGAGAGAGCGAGAGAGCGAGAGCGAGAGCGAGAGAGAGAGAGAGAGAGAGAGAGAGAGAGAGCAAACUACUACUAACUAGUGACAGAUGUGUGCUGUGCGACAGAGUAGAACAUGGCCGAAAUGAGACAGGAACAUGUAUAUAUCGUGUGUGAUUAUUUACAAGUAGCAAUCACCAGUUUUUCGUCGAAAGCACGUGUCGGCAAACACUGGCGAAACACGGCAAGCGCAUGCACACAAACACACACACAAACACACAAACACACACACACACACACACACACACAGGCGCACACACACACACACACGCACACACAUACGUAUCUAAAUUUUCUUCGCCUGAUACAAAUACAAGGUAUUGAUUUCAUCCGAUUUGCUCAUAUAACUGAACCGGACUCGGUCAUGGGCUCAAAAUAGCGAACGAUCCUACACGGGACGACUGAUCAAACAUUGCUUAACUACGAAUACAUAUAUAUUCGUAAUGUCCACAUAAUAUAACAGACAUACACAUGAGUAGAAAUGACACACAGAGAGCUAAAGAAAUACUAAUUGAUGGUAAUAAAUGAUGAUAAUGAUGAUAAUAUAAGAGGUAAUGAAGAAUCAUCGCUUAUUAAACAAUGAUGCGAUGAAACGCUUGAAGAUAAUAUAACGAUAAUAAAUUAUAUUGAGGAAAGGGAAUCUAGCUGGCAGCAUAAAUGGGCGGUGGGAGCCCAUACCGUUCCGUGUUAUGAGGUAACGAAGAGACAACGGCAGACAGAGGGCACAAGCGAAAACACGUGGUAGCAAAUAAGAAAAACGCCUGAAUAGAUAUGCUGUAAUGCGGACGAUAAAAUUGAUAACAAUAUUUAUGACGAUGAGAAUGCUGAAAAAAUAUGUACUAUAAGUUAUUUGUAAUAUUGUAUAUAGCACUCGACCACACCAAAAAGGAAGUAACUCGCCGUGACCGCACAGCCGCCUUUACGGGACGCCGGACUUUUCGACGAAGUGACGAUGACAAAUAGUAACAAUGACAAUGAGGUGGUUGGGGAUGAUGACGCGGGAGUACAACGACGUUUCAUAGAUGGAAAUAAUCACCGUAGAUAAAUCAUUGUACUACCAUAUUAUUAUUAUUAUUAGUAAUGUGUGAGAGUGAGAGAGAGCAGAAGGCGAACGGAAUACAGAGACGAACUACCCCACCACUCCCCAUGUCCCCCACACAUAAAUAAGUAUUGGGCGUCCAUGGGGCCGUGCGGACGCAGGCGGCCGUUAACCCCUCGUUACUCGAAGAAAGAAGUCAAUAAACAUCAACAGCAACAAAACAAAAGUAUUCCACUAUUGUCAAUGAAAAUGCUAUUUCUCCCUAGAUAUUUAUAGUAGUAGGUCUGAUACGAGUAGAAUAAUUAACAAUGAAUAACUGUAGGUCUGCGUUUUUCAACUAAAUUUAAGGUAUUCUUUUAUUAAUUAAGCAUUUCCAGGGUACUGUAGUGGUUGGUUUAGUAUGUAAUUACUAGAUUGUGAUUUUAUUAGAUACUGAAUCUAGUGUUUGUUAACGAAGUGGUUCGUGCGUUUCGGUGAAAUUGUCAUACUAAGAGGGAUUUUGAGGGAGGUGAGUUGCCUUUAUUAGACCCAAGUUUAGAUAAGAUUGAAUGGCGCGUUUUAUUUAAUGUAAUGAUGUAGGAGACAAGUGCAAUUACCAUGAUCAGCGCCCCUUCAAAGUGUCUUUAUAGUCGGACGCUUUGCGUAAUGUUACGUCUUUUCGUAUAAUAGGUAACACGUAUAAACCCAUCAUAUUAUUUGGGUUUUAUUUUAGACAAAUUAAGCACACUUCUACUAUAGUCUAUUAGAGUUCAAUGUAUUUGAUCCGGUGCCUCUUGCUGUGGAGACCAGGGCGGCCCUGGCUUUCUAAUACCUUACCGGAUCGUGAACAAUUCUAGCAAGCGACUAACAAGUAAUUUUUAUACGUCCAAACCCCUAUUAGUAAUUAAUAAAGUAAUAAAAAAUAAAAGAAAUAAUUCAACAAGUAAGGAACCCACCAUCAUAGAAAUAUAGUUGAACCUUCCGCACUAUAAACGUUAUAUCUUAUUUUUCGUAGUCUAAUUCACUGGAUCCAAUGGGGGCAUAUGUGGCGGGGCCACACCUAUUAAAAAGCAAAAACAUUACGCACCUACCUGCAGGCUAUACGAGCAGACUAGGGGACUGAUAACGAUACAGUGGAUAUGAGCCCAAUUUAACGGACUCGUAUUAGAACAUGCAAAACAUUUUUGCCAGCAAUAAUUUUUUACACACAUCAAUAAAAAUACCGAGCAAACAAAAAUUUGCAACCAAAUUAAUCCAUUCAUCAAGGAAAAGUUUCAAAGGUACUUCUGUAAUCCUAGAGAAGCCUGUUCUAGCUAAAGAAACAUAUUAGCGAAAGUCUGUAAAGACAAUGCCCGAUUGAGACCAGUUACUGAACCUAGACGUCCACAUUUGAGCGCGUUAAGUUACUGCCUAUUACGGGUAGAAAGAAGAUUUCUUUAUUAUACUUAUUAUAUUACAUAGAAUAGGGUCAAAAUCUGUCUUAUUUCCUUUAUAGCAAGCAAAAUAUUUUUUGUAAAAAUCCUUUUUCCAUUUAUGCUUCGUCUACGUCAGGUUGUGUGCGCAUCUAUGGCCUAAGAAAAGGUUCUGUGGAGCAGCACUUAGGUGAGCCCGUUGUUACGCUCGUCUCCGAUACGGUUGCCUAUCUUCGUAUCAUGGCCUGGCUUAAUACCGUGCUUUUUUUCUAUAGAGACGCCUCUUUUUCUAGCAGAGGAACGGCAUUUAGAAUUCUGUUCAAGCUGUGUGGUCGAUACCUGAUCUCGAUACGAUAAAGAUAUCUGCGGUACUCUAUGGUAUUGAGUAGCGAUGGUUGUAUCUAGAAUCUUUUUUUUCUUUGACUACACCUACUAACUACAAGUCUGUUGUCGGACAAUCCGUAACUUUUAGCAGCUGAACGAAGGGCCUAGGCCGUCUAACUCUUAAUACGUUUUUAAAAGAAAUCGGUCAUAGAAAAAAAAAAAAGAUUUGAAAAAUUUUUGCAUGUUUUAAUCCUUUUUCUAAUUUCUUGCUCAGUGUUAUUGUGAACGAUGUACAGGCACGGUUCGUUUAUGAUUUGACUGCCAGCAUUAUUAUAUUUAAUAGUUCCGAACUUGAUUUUUAAACAAACAUUUCCUUUUUACAUAGAAUAGAUUGUAGUGUCUACAAUCACUUUGUAGAGAUCACUAACUAAUACAUCUUCUUCAAAAUUGGUCUCUUUCUAUACACAUUCGUCUUAAAUUAUGCUUUACUUACGAAUGCAUUACAUAUGCAGAAUAUAAAAGAAAAAAAAAAAAAGUAAUUAACUUUUACAGGGAACGUUCUCAAAGAAUGGUGAGAAAAACAACUAGAAAAAAAUAUUUAGACAAGCAUGUAAAUGUUAACAUGCCUAAAUGUGUGCUUUCUCUAUAGAAUCGAUCUGUAGAUUUAGACAAAACCUGUAGAAUCUACAAAGCAGCCAUAGGGUGUCUAUAAUAACAAUUCACAGACACAUAUCAGUUUGGUAUCUUUUGCGUGUUAAAUAAGGAUGACUCUUGAUUUUCUCGUAGUUGAAAUAAGCUGUCAAAAAAACGACGUCUAGUGGACUAGUCCGGUGGGGUCUAUAACUUAUAUUUCGCCUAUAGCACAGGACAGUUGCAAAAACGAGAACAUUGUAAGCAGAGUAUGUUAGAUGUCUGAUGACUGGCAAUGUAUCAUCUGGCCCUAGUUUGCUUGGCCAGAAAAUGUAGAAAAGGACAGUCCUAGAAUACAAUUAGAGUCAUUUAUGUGUGCCGGUCGUCAAUAGUGUAUAUGUAUUUAUUGAAUUUUUUUGUAAAAACUUGUGCCGAAUUUUAUGACGCCGCUCAAAAGCAUAAGGCCUGUGUGGAAAUUGGAGAGAUAUUUCAAUACUAUCUCAUACUCUAAAAAUAAAACCGUUUGCAUCUGAAAUACAUACAGAGAUUCAAAAAUAGCCAGGAAAAUAGUAAUAACUAACGUAUGUCACGUACUGACAUCUAUAUCUAAUCAUCAUUCUUUACCAUUGCAGGUUUAGUAGGACAUUGCUGCUUUCCGAUAAUUAGGAGUUGGAUAAAAACUUCAUCCUGAAUGGCCGACCCUGCUAAAGAUCUGACACUAAUAUAUACUGAAUUUACGUUUAAGCUUUAUAGCUCCAUUGAAAACCACAUUAAUGGUUAGAUAUGAAAUUAUCCCAAUAGUCAUUUUAAUGAAGUACUGUGAAGAUCAUUAGAAGUUGAGUGCGCACAACGCGAGCUAGCUUCAAGCCGAAUAUUACAGAGUUUGAAGGUAUCAACUUAUUGACGAAUGCCACAGGAUGCUUGCGUUGAUUAUCAAAUUGAUUGAGGGCAAAUGAACGGCUGUAAGGAUAAUCUCGAACAAUCACUAAAUGAUCAAGAAGGGCGAAUAACCGUAUUCAUUUGUCGUUCUCCGGAUUUUAUCAAGACUAUACUGCUUAAGCAGCAGAUUCGCUAUAUAUGCCGUAUUAUACGUACGUAUAGAUAUGCCGUACUCUCCAUACAUAGUCCUUUUCCCCCGUAAUAUGGACGGCUGUAUAUAAGAAGCUGACGCCUACUUUAUCGCUGCGUUCGGUUGGAUCUAGUCGUCUAGCCGUUCAUCAUGAAAGUGCUGUUUGCCAUCGCUCUUCUAGCUGCGGCCGCCAGCGCUGAGGUGUUCCAAUUUGUUGGACAGCGUGGCUACAACACUACCGUGUAUAGUGUGCGUGGUGGCGUGACCGUCGGCUCUCAGGAGCUGACAGACACGAAGACCGCUCUUGAGUAUAACGGAACCUUCGUCAUCGAAAAGAUUGGUCAGGGUCAAUACCUCGCCCAGUUCACCCAGUUUGCUCUUAGCAAAUACGAUCAAAUCGACAGGAGGAUCCAAGAUGAAACCUUCAAUGAUCUCAAGCCUGAGGAGCAGCACCUCGCCAAGGUCCUCCACGUGGGACAAGCUUACGAACCCGAGAUGCAGAAACCUAUCAGGUUCUCCAUGGAGAAGGGUCGGGUGACGCGCAUGGAGGCUGGACAGAAUCACCGCCAGUGGUCGCUUAACAUCUACCGAGCUGUCCUAACUCUUCUUCAGAACCAGGUCAAGAAGCCCGUUAACCAGGCCGUGCCCUUCGUUGAGUACAAAUACGAGGAUGGUAUCACCGGCAACUGCAAGGUCCAAUACGAGAUUUUUUCUCAGCCUAAGGAUGGAACCAUUCAGGACGUUUAUAACAUGACCAAGACCAACAACUACAAGCAGUGCCUCGGCCGUCCCGUCUACCUUCACCUGAAAGAUAUUCACCGCGGCUGCGCUGGUGUCUGCGACAAUCACCGUCCCGAGAACUUCCUUAGUCAGUACGAGGAGGAGACGACCGACUUUGAGAUGAAGCCUACUCCCGGAUGUCCCGUUAACCAGCAACACAAGGACUCUCUUGUGUCCUUUCAGACCGUUGCCAAGUACAAUUUUUCCAAAGGCUUCCUUGAUGAGGCUCGCUCUGAGUCUAUCGAUGUGUUCCGUCUUUUUGGUGGCAGGAUGCAGGUCUUCAGUCGUCUCCAGCUCCGAUUUCGCGACGUCCAGGGCCCCAAGAUUGAGCAGCUCUCCGACGUGAAGAUCUACGAAACUCUUCAACAGCGUCUUCCCAAACAGGAGGAGGAUGAACUUGACAUUCCUGUCUUUGCUCUAAUGAAAAAGCACACCUUAUACCACCGAUAUCCUCUGUACUUCCAGCAGCAAUUUGAAAAUGUUAUCCGUGACCUUCACAAGCUUCAAGGUAACCAGAAGCAUGACCAAAACGAGCAGCAGGGUUUUGACGCCCCCGCUUAUCUGGCUGAACUUAUCCAAGCCAUCUCCGGUAUGACUGAGGAGGAGAUCAAGAAGACUAUGCCCAGUGUUGUCCGUUCACAGCAACCCAACCAGCUUUCUGAGGAGAAUAAGCUGCAACGCCAAGUCUGGGUUGAGCUUCUCGGCAAGGCUGGUUCCAAGUCCGCUGUCAAGGUAGCCAUUGAGCUGAUAAAGGGCAAGACUUUCACCUCCUCUGAGGUUCGCCGUAUCCUUCAAGACGUCGCCGCUUUCCAGUCAUAUCCCGACAUCGAUAUGAUCGAACAGGUUCUUGGCCUUUGUCUUCAAAGUCAAGGUCUCUCCGCCACUGUUAAGGCUACCGCCUGCGUUGCCGCUGGCAAGAUCAUCUCCAAGGGCUGCAAUUCCAAGGUGCACCAAAAAGUCCAGAAAAAGCCGCAAUAUAGGCAGCAGCUUGUUAAUGGCAAGUACGACUCUAUUUAUCACGACGGAGAUCAGCAGGGCGAAAACCAGGAAGAGCCUGACUCAGAGACCGAAGGGUAUGAGACCACCAUGGGCCACCUCGCCAUAAAACCCAAGUUGCGUUGCACUUCCGACAAGCUCCAAGAGUAUAUUCAGCGUCUUACCCAGACUCUGAACCAGGCUACUGGGUUCAAAAACAUCGUUGCCCUCAUUAACGGCCUUGCCAAAGUUGAGAAGCCCGAGAUUCUCCCUGAGCUGGUCCCGUAUGUCGAGGGAACCGCCCCUAAUAUGCAGCAGGCCCAUGAACAGGGUGAGAACCAAAAAGAAAGUGUCGAAUUUUUGCGUCGCGUCGCCAUCCUGUCUCUUCGUAACAUCGCGGUCAAGUACCCCAAAGAAAUCAAUCCUAUUGUCCGCGUCAUAUACCUGAACACCACCGAGCAGGUCCAGACCCGUUUGAAUGCUUUCGACGUUUGGAUGAACACUCAGCCCGCUCAGUGGGAGGUUGACAGGGUCAUGCAGGUUGCCAACAGGGACUCCUCCGUUGAGCUUACCUAUUACGUGUAUAACACCUUCAAAACCGCAAUGCAGGCUAAGGAACCUUGCUACCAGCUUUUGGCUCACCGCAUUCGCACCGCUUGGGCCCAGAUGCGUUCCUUCGAUCUUGGCAUGAUUUUGUCCCAUGUCAGCUCCAAAUUUUACUACAAUACUGCUGAAGGUUACGGCAUCCGCGGUAUCUGGAAGAUGAUUGCUUCUAACACAACUGUUCUGCCUGCAUUCUCCCAUGUUAAACUCGAACAGGUCCGCGGUCCUUUCAUGCGGGCACUCUUCGGAGCUAAGCUCCUCGUCAAGGGCGGCAACAAGAUCUGGGAGGAACUCGUUGGAAGGGACGGUCUCCUUGAACGUAUGUCUCAGGCUGUUAACGGCCAGGUGAACAAUGGACCUCGCCAACGUAGUACUGAACAACUUAUAAAAUACAUAGCCCAGGGUAUAAACAACCAAGAUAUCGGCAACGAAACCCCCAAGGCUGUUCUUUUCUGGAAGCUCUUUGCCGGCGAAGCUAUUGUUCCUAUAGAUGAGCAAUAUGCAAGUGAGCUCAAAGCCGAGCUUCUCCAGAGCAUAAACAACGUCGGAAAAGAAGGCGUUAGCGGCCAUUUUAUUCGCGUGCUCGUCCCAACCAAAGCCUUCUUCGUUGAGCCCAACCCUAUCGGAUUUCCUAUUGUACACUCUACCAUUCAUCCUCUUGUGAUUUCCGUACGGUACAGAAACCUCAAGCUCCAUUAUCGCAACCAGGAGGGCCACCUUAUCCCUAAAGCUAUUGGGGUUAGUGGUACCAUCCAACCUGUUAUACUUUCUUUCCGUCAGUCGCGCGUUUUCGUCGCCGAGGAGGAACCUCAGCUUGCUCCCACUAUGAAGAUCACUGACGUCAAGGAAUUCAACGUUAAAGUUAACUUUGAUGUUCAUUAUGAUCAAGCGGAACAGCGUUUCCGCGCAAGCGUUAAGCCCCAAUUCGGGCGUGUCUUUCACACUGCGUUCUGCCCCGAGCUUAAGCUUGCGGCGAACACCAUUGUCAGCAAAAAACCCAGCAAUAGCCUCGUCAACUAUACCAAUUGCGUUAAGACCAGGCAGCAACUUAUCCAACAUGACCUUAAGGUCGGCGACCACCAAACCGGCAUGGUUAUUCGUCUCACUGGUGAGUCCCGCCAGGUCUGGUCUGCUCUUGGCAUACUCGGCUCUGUGGAAUUCCGCCGUGAGGGUUUCCUUGGGGCUAUCAUCAACAGCCUUAACAUGGGAAUGCACCACCACGCUAUAUCCCUCUACCUUGAGGCUGACAAGCAACAACCUGUUAAUGAGUGGACCGUCGUCAUCGAUAUGGAUUCCAACCUUGAGCAGCUUGCCAAGCAACCCGUUAACCAGCAGACUGAAAAGGUUCAAAAACCGAAGCUCCAAUGCCAGCUCUGUUCUAAAGAGAGACUUUAUUACGAGUUUCAGCAAGUUAUGCGCAAGGUUAGGGAGAUGCUCCAGAAGUCUCAGGAUAAUAUCGGAGAGGUAACUGUUGAAAAGCAGAUGCUUAUCAAGAUUGAGGGCCGUUACCAAGGCCAGCCCAAGCGCACCUUCAAAGUUGCCACGAAGAAAAUCCACAAUUUUGAACAGACCAAGCAAUACUACGCACUUGCUGUUGAGCAUCAGGGUUCUAACAAAAGUAUUGAACUUUUUGCCAAUCUCUAUUAUCCUACCAUCAGAUCUCCCUUCCAUUAUGACCCCACCUAUUCUUCUGAGGAUGAGCGUAUGAACGGCAGCCUCGUCGCUAACAUACAAGGCUGGCAGGAAGGGCAGGUCUAUUUUGUCAACUUCCAGGCUAUGAAGUCUAACGAGCAGAAGCAGAAGUCCGAGUAUGAAUGGUUUGAGAUUCAUUGUCUUGCUGAGCAGGAAGCCAGUAGGGCUAUGACUGAUUCUUGCAAGAGGGCCACCUUCAAGGACAACUUACUGGACAGCAUGGAAAUAAGGAUUGAGCUUCCUCAGAACGUCCAUCCCAAGGCUCAGAAUCUUGCCUUCAAAAUGCUUGAUAUGGUUAAGUACAUACUCUACCCCAAGAUGCAGAUCCAGAUGCCUAGCACCGAGGAGAGACGACAUCAGCAGACGUUUUGGGGCGAGAAAAAGGAAGUUCUUAUCUUUGCCAACGCCAUACGCGAGUCCCCCUGGUCUUUCCUCUAUAAUGUCCGCAUCGUGAUGCCCUUCCAAAACGUCGUCUUUUCUCAAAUCCGUCUCCCUGGACUCCGUUUUUUCCACACGCAACUCACCGAUAGGCAGCAGCUUGAGCACGGUCUUUUCCGUGGCCAGCACAAUAACCGCUGCGUCCUGGGCGACAAGUACCUCCGUACCUACGAUAACGUCACUUUCAGUCUCGACGUCAAAGAGGGCUGCGACUAUCUUCUUACCCAUGACCAGUCUGCGGGCGACCCUGACUUCACCGUGACCUUCGAGGUGGUUAAGCCUCACACUUUCGGCAGGAAAAUCCGUGCCCAGCUCCAGAACUACCUCGUGGAGUUUUUUCCCUUCACCACCACCGACCGCCAAUUUCAGGUUACAAUCAAUGGACAGCAGCACUACCUCACUUUUGAAAAGCCCAUCGUGUUUAGCUACGGGCGCCAAUGCAAGCGCGCCGCUAUCCACGCUUAUGAGACUUCCAACUCCCACCAUGCUCCAGUUAUUUCCCUCUUCACAGAGUCCAAGGAGUUCGGCGUAAUUUUUGACGGUGAAUCCGUUCAGGUCCACGUCGACGAUAAGUAUAAGGGCGCCACCAACGGUAUCUGCGGCAACAACGACGACGAGCAGGAUCACGAGUUCAUCGGACCUCACGGUCAUGAGUACGAGCAUUCAAAUGAGUUCAUCGCUUCUUACAGCAUCAGUCAGCAGUGCAAAGCUCCCGUCCUGAAUACCUAUAAGCAGCAGAUGGAGGCGCUCGAGAGGGCUCUGCGCAAAAUCCGCCAGCCGGAGUGGCAGAUGAAAGAACAGAGAUGCAAAGAUAUGCAGACGUCCCAGCACCAGCAACAACAACAUACCCAGAACCAGUUUAGCCAGCACUGGAACAAAAUCGUUGAGGAGCAGAUGUUCCUGGCCGUGACCCCCGAAGAACACCAACAGUGGGGCGGGAAGAUAUCCAGCCAGGGCAGGAUAAAAGUUAUGGAUCAGGAUAAUCAUCCAGCUCUUGAGACUUUCGCAAGUUCUCAUAAUGGACGCGGUUACUUCUUUACCAGGAAAUCUGGAUACACUGAGCCGAUCUAUGCUACCGGAAACAACGAGACUAAUAUGUAAACCAUGCGCGAUGUGCGUUGGGGCAAUAUCCUGGACACUUUUGUCCUCGAUCCCCAUGUCCAUUACCGUCAACGUACCCAAAUGCAUUGCGCAAAUACUCACAUCAUUAAUAAAAACGGUUCAAUGUAAGAUGAAUAUGUAUCAGUUACUUUUUUCUCUUGAGGGAAAUGUUCGGUUACGAAAUCGUAUCCAUUUUCUUCAUAAGUAAACGGUUGUCGUCAAAAACUGGACAAACGACGAUAGUCGAGUAUACUAUGAGAUACGGUUCCCCAGUGUUGGUAUGAUAUAGGAAAAAAUAAAUUAAAAAAAAAUUAAAUUAAAUCUUGUUACUGGACCCCGUCAUGCCACACAUCCUGCAUACAUGAAUCACAAUAGAUAAUGUAAAAAGCUAGCGAAAAUAAAAAUACAAUACUAGUCGUCAUCUGGAAAUUGGAUUUAGCAGUCGUUAGAAUCAAAUUAUUAGCCUAUGAAGGCACCAAAACUGAUUCUGGGAUUUUGUUUUUCUCUACUUAUUCAAAUCUAUCCGGUAAUAUACGUUGUUCGCGGAUUUUGAUCGAACGACCUUUGCCUCUUUUGAAUGCUUGUAGAAAAUUUCGAUCCUUGCAGGAAUGGCCUGUCAAUGAAAAAGAUGUCCUUUCAUACAAAAUUCCACAAGGAGAGUGCCUUUAAGUAAAUUUUCGCAAUGCUUUUGACUGUAUGUAACGUAUAAUGAAACUUCCGUUCGACGCAAAUAGGUAGUGAAGAUUAAAUUUAUUUUCUUUACCGACUCCAGCUUGUAGCAACGACCCCAUUUAGGUUUUAAGUGAUGCUUGAUAAUUGAUUGGUAUUGACUCCGGGAUAGAUAAAUGGGGACAUAAUAAAAAUGGGAGAAUGAUUAAAAAUUGACCCUGUGUGUUAUGAGGUAGACUGAAUUGGAACAAUGUAUUAUACGACAUUUGACAUACGCUGCCCUAAGUAAACGUUUAUUAUUAUAAUACACUGAUUUUAAUUGAUCAAAGCUACAAUAGUUGGCCAAAAGUCAAGUGCUGCAUAGGUUUUUACUGUGAGCGAUUACGCUAAAGUAUUAUUAAGAGUGUCUAAAGAGAGACAAUUUUCAUAUCUGAAAUUUGGCCAUUCCCAAAAGGGUUUCAGUAUUGACACACGCUAUGCCGUGUGGCACCUAAAUAUUAAAUCGAUCGUGAGCCGCGUUAACGAAAGAUAUUCAGUGUUCGGUAAAGCAGACUUUAUAAAAGCCGUUUAUCAUGGCUCUCAUCAACAAAUAAGACUUGAUCAUCAAAAAUGUCUCUGUAUUUUCAUCUAAUUUAACUAUAUAACUAAUAACGCGCGUAAAUUAACUGUGUGUUACUAUAUCACUUUUUGAGCCUAAGCUUGGC